UCUGUCUGUCUCUCUCUGUCUGUCUCUCACCGAGUCUCUCACUGAGUCGCGCAGGGCUGAAGAAGAGCGGGAUGAACCGGGCGGGCAGCGCCGGGCAGGACCGGGCAGCGGACCGGAGUCUGUUCACCGACUGAACCGAGAGUCGGGGCGUCAUGAGCGGACCUGGCGUGUCUCUCACCCCGCGGCAGUGAGCGUGUGAGCGGGCGGACCGCUGCUAGCCGCCGCCGCUGUUAGCAUUAGCACACACAGUUCGAAACAAGAACCAGGAGGAAACAUGGAGAACAAGGUGCAGAUGAGGAAUCACCCCCGGAGACAGCUGAAGAAGCUGAGCGAGGACAGUCUCACCAAGCAGCCGGAGGAAGUGUUUGAUGUGCUGGAGAAGCUGGGUGAAGGAUCCUAUGGCAGCGUGUUUAAAGCCAAUUACAAAGAGACGGGGGAGAUCGUAGCCAUCAAACAGGUUCCUGUGGAGUCUGAUCUACAGGAGAUAAUUAAAGAAAUAUCCAUCAUGCAGCAGUGUAACAGUCCAUAUGUAGUGCGUUACUAUGGCAGCUACUUCAAGAACAGUGACCUGUGGAUCGUCAUGGAAUAUUGCGGAGCCGGAUCAGUUUCUGAUAUCAUUAGAAUACGCAACAAGACGAUAACAGAAGAAGAGAUAGCCGCCAUCCUGUACGCGACUCUGAAGGGUUUGGAGUAUCUUCACUUCAUGAGGAAGAUCCACAGAGACAUUAAAGCAGGAAACAUCCUGCUGAACACGGAGGGUCAGGCCAAACUGGCCGACUUCGGAGUUGCUGGACAACUCACAGACACCAUGGCGAAGAGAAACACGGUGAUUGGCACGCCGUUCUGGAUGGCUCCAGAAGUUAUACAGGAGAUCGGCUACAACUGCGUGGCUGACAUUUGGUCUCUGGGGAUCACAGCUAUAGAGAUGGCUGAGGGGAAGCCGCCCUAUGCUGACAUACACCCGAUGAGGGCCAUCUUCAUGAUUCCAACCAACCCUCCUCCAACGUUUCGGAACCCAGAUCUGUGGUCGAAAUCAUUUGAAGACUUUGUGAGCCAGUGUUUGGUGAAAAACCCAGAAAAAAGGGCGACUGCCACACAGCUGUUACAGCAUGAAUUUAUCAAGUCGGCCAAGCCCAGCAGCAUCCUCAGAGACCUGAUCACAGACGCCAUGGAGAUCAAACUGAAGUUACAGGAGGAGGCAGAGCAGAGGGAACAGGACGCAGAAGAUGACGACAAUUCGGAGGAGGACGAGGUCGACCAGGGGACGAUGGUGCGGACUGGGUCAGGCGACUCCGAUACCAUCCGGGCCGCUGGCUCAUUGGUGGGUUCCCUCGGCGGUACGGCACGGACCAUGAUCGAACACGACGACGGGACCAUGCAGUCACAGCUGGGAACCAUGGUCAUCAACUCUGAUGAUGAGGAUGACAUAGAUGCUGGUACAAUGAAGAGUAAGUUCAUUAAUAAAAUCCAAAGUUGA